ACUGAUAUAGAGUGACAGCAGCACACGUCCCGCCUACUCCCUUCUUACUGUCCAAUCAAAGCUUACGUUGCUUUGUUGUCGUACGUGUGCUAACUGCGGAACUGAACAGUCAAGAGGGAGGCUAUCUACUACAUACCAACACAACAAGAUGGAGGUGGAGCAGCUCCUGUCCCUGUCCGGCCCAGCACUGGCCCAGGCUGUCAGCUCUCUGCUGGAGACCCCAGGCCUCUACGUCUUCUCUGACAUCCUGGAGCUGCCUAAUGUCAGAGAGAUGGAGAAUGGCCCUCAUGCACCAAUGUACCAGCUCCUCAACCUCUUUGCCUAUGGAACCUACUGUGACUACAAAGAGCGAGCAGCCUCUCUACCAGAGUUGACCCCGGCUCAGAGAAAUAAACUCCGCCAUCUCUCCAUCAUCAGCCUGGCAUCCAACCUCAAGUGCCUGCCGUACUCAUUGCUUCUGCAGCAGCUUGAGCUGAAGAACGUGAGGGAGCUGGAGGACCUGCUGAUAGACGCCGUGUACUGUGACAUCAUCCAGGGCAAACUGGACCAGAGGAACCAGCAGGUGGAGGUAGACUGCAGCGUGGGUCGUGACCUCGGCCCCAACGAGCUGCCAAACAUUGUCAACACGCUGCAGGAGUGGUGCACAGGUUGUGAGGCAGUGCUGUGUGGUAUUGAGGAGCAAGUCUCAAGGGCAAACCAAUACAGAGAGAGCCAGUUAAAGGUCAAAGUCCAAGUGGAAACAGAGGUCUCAAAUCUUCAGAAAACGUUAAAGGCCAGCGCUGCCUCUCCGUCGUCAGGCCCCGCCCCCGCUGGAGCCGCCUCCAAUCAGGACGCAGAUCAGCCUGCGGAGCCACGAGACCCUGCUUCCUCUCAGGAACCACGACAACCAGGCAAAAAAAGUUCAAAGGUGAAAGGGCUGCGUGGCAGUGGGAAGAUCUGGUCCAAGUCCAACUGAGAACCAGAGACUGAUAUGUGGACACGAGGCACUGACGGACACUAUCACUGAGUAACAGACACAGGGAUGUGAUGCUGGGCCAAAGCAUGUUAAUGGACACCUUUGUCUCUCACACACACACACACACACACACACACUCUCUCUCUUCACAGUACAACCAGGAAAUGUCACGGGAACUUUUCUUGUCACCAAAUCUCCCCUCACACAUGGAAAAUGACAGGUGUUGCAUCCACUCUUGCAGUUCUAAAUAGGUGGCUUUCACAGAUACACAUGUCACGUGUACAUGAAGAUGCAGGAGUCGGUUGCCUUUGACCAGAAGCAGGAUCAGUAUAUUUGAUGUGUAUGCGUGUAUCUCUCAUUGGUUUGAUAAAUGUUACUUUGGUUUCGAUUGAUUAUAUGUUGCUUUGUAUUAUUUUUCUUUUCUGCUGAGUUGAGACAUGUAUAAAAUCAGAAUAUAAAUUGUCGGGAAAUAAAACAAAGCCCUGUACUUACUUA